AUGAAUUAGAUGAGUAAGUUAAGUGAGAUUACUAAGAAAUUUCUUAGAGAUCUUGAUCAAUUUGGAGUUGUAUUUAAGCCUAGUAUAACACAAGAUAGUGAAUAUAAAACAGUUUUAGGUGGAAUAUUAUCUAUAUUGCUUUAUGGAGUAAGUUUGGGAUAUUUCAUUUACUAAUUUGUUGUUUGGAAAGAAGGUGGAAUGCUACCAAAAAUAACAGUAUCAAGUGAGGUAAUAGAAAAUUAGUAAAUCUAUUUUGAAGAACCACUAUUUUCAAUCUAAAUGAGAAAGAUGAAUGACACUAUAAUAGAUCCAUUUAAUCCAUAGAAUAUCGUAAUGCUUCCAUUGAUAUUUUAAUAUACAAAUGGAUAACUAAGUCCUACUCCAAAGAUUCCUGAAAUAAUUAACAAUAAUGAAAAUGAAUUUGUUAAAAUAUAUUUCGAAAACAUUACGUUAGCUAUAAGUAAUAAUAGAACACUGGAAUAACCAGAAUUAGAGUAUAUGAUUAUAUUGAUUGAUUGUGUUCCAUAGCUAUUAGCUAAUAAUACUUAGAUGAAAUGUGCAAAUACAACAACUAGGAAAAGCUUUUUCAAUUAAUCAGUGAAUACACUCUUAUUCACAACUUAUGUUAAAUAAUUUAAUGCUUAAUAAGAAAAGAUAAAUACAUUCGGAUCAGAAGUAAUUGUGGCUUUGGAUCCAACUUCGGUUUAUUUUUCAACAAGUACAUUGAAAUUAUAAGAGACAAUAAUAGAUAAUGGAUUGUUGUUUGAGAAUACUUAUUAAAGAGACUUCAUUUUAGAUAUUUAAACAGCUGGUUAAUAAGUGAAUAGUAAGUUUUUUUCUAGCGUAAUAAAUUCUACAACAUACUUCAUCAAUAAUUAUUAAUUGAAUGGUAUAAAAUCUAUUAGUUAUAUUCAAUAUCCAAAAGUAAAUGAGGUAUUGGCUGAUACAGGAUCAAUAGUUUCAAUUUUACUUUUAACAUCGGCAUUUGUUAUAAUGAGUAAUUAAUAUUUUUUAGAGAAUGAAGCAAUAUCAUAAGUAAUAAAUAUGUUUUAUCCAAAUCUAAAAUAUUUAAAGUAUCAAAAGAAUUGGUUUGGUAAGAUAGUAAGGAUAGAAUUUUUGGAUCGGAAUUUAAAUAUAAAUAAGUUUAAUAGCGAAUAUGGGAAACUGAAAGAGAUAGCAAAGGUUAAAUUGACAAUAACAAAUUAAAUCUAUGAGAUUUCAAGGAUUUAAUUUAUAUUGUAAUCAAUGAUAGAUAGAUAAAAUUUAAUGAGUUCUCAUUAGAUAGGAAUUAAGGAGAAUAAUUUUAUUGAGAAAACAAAAUAAGAAUUAGAGUUAGAUAAUUAAGAAGGUGAGAUUUCUAAGGAUUCAAGAGUGGUAUAGAAGAAUGAUUAAUUUAUUAUAGAUUCCUUAAAAUGAUAGCAAAGUUGAGAUGACAUAGUAAUAAAAUAAAUUAGCACAAUAAAAGAUUUUAGAUGAUGACUUAAAAAAUGUAAUACUAAAUAAUGAGAAAUAAUAUGAAUUAUAAUAAAAAUUUGAAUCUUAAUUGAAUCAAUAAGAAUUGAUUGAUUAAGAUUUCGAAUUAUUAAUUUGUAAUAGAGAUAGAACUGAAGGUAUUAGAAUGUCUUAGUUCUUUGAAAUCAAUAAAAUAAUAUGA